ACCACGCAUGUGUUGAUCCGUGCUGCAGCAACGUGCAUCAGUUCCUCUCUGACCCCAGUGUUAAUCUGCAUUCAGACUGAGGCUCCACUGUGUGUGUGUGUGUGAGUGUGUGUUUUUUUUUCUUUUUUUCAGCUGCUCGAUAUUAAGAGUAGCAUAUUACAGGGGGGGAAGCUUCGCCGUCAGCGGCAGUUUUUGCAGGGCCCCUGUUUAGGGCUGACGAUUGGGCAACUGACACGCACAGAACAGAAAAAAAAAAGAAAAAAAAACCAAGCGACGCGAAAUCAUCAAGCUUUCCACUCGCAUCGAUUUUGUUUUGGCUGAUUUCACACCACCGCACGUCCGCCUCGGGUCUAGAUUUGCAGACCCGCUCCCGCUAACGUGCGUAAUGUAUCGUAGAGAGGAAACACAGUAAAUAAGACGGACACGUCCAUCUGCAAUAAAGAGGAAACGAAGAUGGUGAUGAUGGCUCCACCAAAUUUAGCCUCCAAAUGCUCGACAGCAAUGGCGAAGGCUUCCCUCCCCCUGAAGCUGUUUCUCUGGGUGUUUAUCGUCGUCAAUCUUCCUUCAAGCUCCUUCCAGACUGAUGACGAUGAUGAGGUGUCUAACAAGACGUGGGUGCUGACUCCCAAAGUGUACGAGAGUGACGUCACGCACAUCCUAAACAGCCUACUAGACGGAUAUGACAACAAACUCAGACCUGACAUCGGAGUGAAACCAACAGUGAUCCACACAGACAUGUUUGUCAACAGCAUCGGUCCAGUAAAUGCCAUCAAUAUGGAAUACACCAUCGACAUCUUCUUCGCCCAGACCUGGUACGACAGGAGGUUAAAAUUCAACAGCACGAUGAAGGUCCUGCGUCUCAACAGCAACAUGGUCGGGAAGAUCUGGAUUCCAGACACUUUUUUCCGCAACUCCAAGAAGGCCGACGCCCACUGGAUCACCACGCCCAAUCGCAUGCUCCGAAUCUGGAAUGAUGGACGGAUACUCUACACCCUCAGGUUGACCAUCGACGCCGAGUGCCAGCUUAAACUGAACAACUUCCCAAUGGAUGAGCACUCGUGUCCCCUGGAGUUUUCAAGCUAUGGCUACCCCAGGGAGGAGAUCGUGUACAAGUGGAAGAGGAGCUCAGUGGAGGUUGGGGACAUCCGCUCCUGGAGGCUCUACCAGUUCUCCUUCGUUGGCCUGAGGAACACCUCUGAGAUCGUCAGGACUGUCUCAGGAGACUAUGUGGUGCUGACCGUCUUCUUUGACCUGAGCAGGAGGAUGGGCUACUUCACCAUCCAGACCUACAUCCCCUGCACACUGAUUGUUGUCCUCUCCUGGGUUUCAUUCUGGAUCAACAAGGAUGCAGUACCUGCCAGGACGUCAUUAGGCAUCACCACGGUGCUGACUAUGACCACGCUGAGUACUAUUGCCAGGAAAUCCCUCCCAAAAGUUUCCUAUGUGACUGCAAUGGACCUGUUUGUAUCCGUCUGCUUCAUCUUCGUCUUUGCUGCGCUUAUAGAAUAUGGCACGCUGCACUACUUUGUCAGCAACAGGAAGCCAAGUGCCAAAAAGGACAAGAAGAAGAAAAACCCGCUCCUCCGGCUCUUUUCCUCAAAGCAGACACCCACGGUAGACAUCCGUCCACGCUCAGCCACAGCCAUUCAGAUGAACAACGCCACGCACAUGCAGGAGCGAGACGAAGAGUACGGCUACGAGUGUCUGGACGGGAAGGACUGCACCAGCUUCUUCUGCUGUUUCGAAGACUGCCGCUCCGGAGCCUGGCGGCACGGCAGGUUGCACAUCCGCAUCGCCAAGAUAGACUCAUAUGCACGCAUCUUCUUCCCCACUGCAUUUGGUCUCUUCAACCUGGUCUACUGGGUCUCCUAUCUCUAUCUCUAGGCCUGGGUGUGUACCCAGCCUUAUCAUACAGCUCAUUACAUUCUGCAUAUGCUCUGUGCCAGCAAGGGACAUUUUGAAGGAGGGGACCCACUGAAAUAACCACUGAUUUGAUUCAAAGCAUUUCCUUGAAUUCCUUAGUUUUAAUCUCUUUUAGUCAUUUAUUUAACUCUGACAGACACUGCAAAUCUUGUAGCACUACAUUUAACUGGUAUGAGGAGGUUUGUAGACGUGUUGUGAAAACAUUGAUUGUGUGAGCAUUUAAGAAGAAGUUUUGUGUUUAUGAUUUGAUGACAGACUUUUUAUUUGAAACGUACUCUUUAUUUCCUCUCAAUGGGAUUUUUACUUAUUGCUUUAUUUCUAGAAAGACUCAUUCCUUCUAUAGAAAGCAAUUUAAAUAACUAGCAAUUCAGAUCACAGCAAACGCCUAUCAGAAAACUCAAAACGACAUUAAUUACGUCUUAUGGUUUCUUUUCUCUUGCAUUUUUCACUUACUAAAACACAAAAUCUGAAGCACUUUAAUAGAGCUAUGUUAGACCGUGAUGCUAAUUUAUUUUUUAAUUUAUUACGCUUAAGUGUUAGCACAAUGAAACAUUCUUCAUGUGUGGUCAGACAGAGAGAGAUGAUGCUGUUUAUGGACAAUGCUCAACUGUACAGACACUGUAUAUAUUUUACUAUUACAUAGUGGUUUACAUUUAUUGCAUGCACCUUUCAGGCCAAAAUCAACAUCUUUUAUGGUCUUCUAUUGUUGGCUAUGGAAAAAAAGAGCACUGUUGAUUAUCAUUCAAGAUUUAAUUAUACUAUUUUCUAGGAAAAUUGGAAAAUGAAAUGAUAAAAAAAAAACUGUGCCCAGUUUAUCCGUUUAUAAGUUGAGAAAUCAUCUUUACAUAAUGGUGGGAGGAUCAGCCCAGAUAACUGGUUUAAUCAUUUUCCUCGCAGCUAUUAGCUUACAGUAUAGACAACACUGACCUCUCAUCCUCUCCUCCAUUCGCUGUUAAAAGCGUGCAUUUACAUAAUGACACACUGUAUUUUGGUUAUGCAAGCUUUUACAAGAGAAACUGUAUUAAAACAAAAAAAAAGAAUAAGAAAAAAGAAUUGUUUUUUGCCCCUUUACAUUAGCAGAGUGAGAAAUGAAACUGCGCAACCAGCGGGUGAGUUUCAAAUAGAGAAAUUCAAACUAAUCUACACUUUAAUGCGAAUAUCAAUACAGACAGCUGUUGGGUAUUUUGAAAUCCCUGCAAUGGGACCGGGUUAAUUCUAUGUGUCAUUCUUUCCGAAAGAAAAAAAGCCUGAAAAAAUGUGAAUUGAUAUCAAAUAAACUUAAGAGCUUCAUUCAAGUAAAAAAAAAACAUCUGCUUGUGUCGAGAAAAGCUGUGUAAGCCUUAUUAUCAAGCAUCACACUUCCCGUCUCUUUGAGGAGAAACACAUUGAGAAUGUAAAUUAUUACAUGGAGAGGAAAUCGAUUCACUGGCUGGGCAGAAGUUCAUUAUUUUUAUAUUUUUCUUUACUUUUGGCUCCAUUAAAAUUAGCUUCGAAUGCUGCAAUGUUGCGGGACGAGAGCGGAGAACACAGCGAAAGCAUCUGAAUUGUAAAUGUUGUGUAUGAUAACACGUGACGCACAUGAAUCACGACCCCUUGCAGAUCACAGUUUUGAUAGACACCAGUAUGCAACAAAUGGAGACAGUGCUUCGGUACGAUUUGUAAACUCACAAGGAAUGGGUGUAAAUCACAUUGUUUAUGUACAUAAAUUAUGAACGGAAGAAAAACACUCGUCAAGCCCUUGGGAUUUUGUAAAAGGGUAUAUAUUUUGUAAUUUCAGCAUUGUUACAGUAUAUCAUCCUACAGUAUAUUAGACUUAUUGUAUUAUGCUGGACUGACCAUGUAGAAUAUUUGGGGGUAAUGGGGUAUUUAUUUAUUUAUUCAUUGAUGGUAUUUAUUUAUUCAUUUUAAUGAGAACAAAAAAAGUAUUUUAUGUCCAUAUAGCCCCUGAAAAGAAACACAGAAUGCUGUCAUUUAUAUCAAAGAUACAUUUUUGUUUGAUGUGUCAAUGGAGCUUGAGCUUAUUUAUCUUGUGUUUUCUAUGUUGUGAUCGAUGUACACUACUCUCACAAAGGCCUGUCAAACUGUUAUAUCUGUUGAAUUAGUGAGUUGCAACAUUACCUGUUGUGCAGCUUCUGAGUAGUAGACUUGAAUAUAUUUCAGGGGGAAAAAAAAUCACAAAAAACAGUUCCCGAGCCACCAGAAGAAGAACAUUUGCUCGUCUAAGUGACUAUUGAUUAUUUCCACUUUUUUUCCACCUCCACAAGGGUUUUUCAUUGGUCUUGAUAUCCUUAAUCUUUAAUAAAGCAUCAGUGAUGACACUAACACAUGCAUUUACUAGAUUAUCUCAUAUUUCCUAAAGGUUCUUUCCUUUUGUAUUCAAUGGUGGACCUGUUGUGUUUCCGAAGCUGCCGCUCACAGUAGUAGUCUAAACCUGUCUUCAGUGUGCACAUACUCUUAUCGCUCACAUCUUUAGGGACGUACGUGUGUCAAUAGCGACGUAGACUGGUCAUCAUCAGUGUUCUGUAGUUUAAAGAAGUGUAGAAGAGUGAUUACAUCCUAUAAAGUGCCAAACUGACACACACAUGCAAUAGAGAAUAUCAAACUAAAAUAUCAUUUGUGAAUCCACUUUUACUGCCUUGAAGAAGAGACAUAUGCGAAUAGCGAAGGUUCUCUUGAAGGAAAUGUUAUACAGUGGAAGUUGGACACACCGAUGUUCCCUGUUUUUUAUGUUUAUGCUUUUUUCUGUUUGUUUUUUCAUAUGGUACAGAACCAAUUAUUCAACUGUAGACCAGUCCAAUAAAAUCAAAUUGUUGUAUCAGGGUGAAGAGGGAGACAUCUCCGAUUCAGACUGUUUCUGACUUUAUCAGUACGCUGGGUUUGUAAAUAACCGAGCAUGUCUUGUGUUUGAACAGUGGUGCAGAAAAACAUACUUUAUGGUAUUUUAUUUUUUUCCAUGAUGAUAAAAGCUUGUUUAUUAUUUAAUUCUGAUUUAUUUUUUGUGCACUCUACUGUAAAUGCAGAUCUAUAAAGGUGUACGGGAGAUACUGUUUAUAUUCAGUAGUGUGCAUGUUGAGUAUGUUUUUCAGAAUUGGGACGAACUCAAGCAGUGUUUCAUCCGGUCUCAGUCCUUCGCCUGCACUGACAUGGACUUUUACGACAAUGUAAUUAUUUUUGACAGAGUGAUUUUAUUUAUUUUGAGACCCACAAAUGACACAUAUAUGUGAACAGCACAUGUAGAUAUUUUCUAUUGUUAUGUAUUUUGUCAAACUGCAGAAAAAAAACAAAAUAUUGCGCACUGGAAUUACAGGGCUCUGUUAAAGGUAUCCGAGAACAAACUGAAUUUCAUAUGAUCCUCAUACAUACAUUAUGUUAGUUGUUUGCCAUCUAUGUAUAUUUGAGUAUUGUAUAAUAGGGGCACUGAUCAAUUCUGUUAGGGUCUGCAUAAUAUACUAUAAAUGUACUGGAAAAACAUCCUUUUCAUAAGGAAAUUGCACAUAGCUGUGGAAUUUUACAAUAAAAUGGUUGCAUUUA